UACUAUUUAUUUUCCAUUUCAUUUUUGGCCGCUGAGGGAGUUUCCAUAGUAACACGUCCUUCUAGUUGGUUCCACGGAUAGGAGUUUCCAGAGUUCCAGGUUCAGGUCUCAGACUCUCCUGGAUGCAAAUAUUCUCAGGCUUCUAUUGGUUACCGCCAGCCGAGCCCCCUCGUAACCAUGGUAACAGCACCGCCCACAAGUUGCCGGGCUACGAUUGGUCCGAGCUCGAGAGCCCUAACGUGAGGCCCUCAGGCCAUUGGCCUAAGUCACAGGAAACUGGCGCCGCGGUUGGUGAGUCUAGAGGUCCGUCAGAGCCAGAGACUGGGUCAAAUAGGGAGAAAUGGCGACUGAGCCAGCCUGUGGGUGAGUGGUUUCGGAAGGGGUGGAGGUAUAAGGCAACUGCUUACGGUCGGCCUGGACACAGCUCCCAGGGGGGUGGGAGGUGGACGUCUCUUCUGGCUCCGGCCGGACUCCGUAUGGAAAAGUCCGACAUCAACAUCCUCCCAUCGGGCAAGAGGUGAGAGGUCAGAGGCCGCGUCCUUUCUCUGUGCCUGGUUUAUGGAGCUCAGGCCCCUCUUUGGAAGAAGAGCUGGGAAAUACAGUCCAGCCUCAAGCCGCAACGUAGUUGGAGCUUGAGGGGCUGGGAGCCUGCUGUACGCAGCCUUGCAGAGAAGUAUUUUGACCUUGGCAUCUAGACAUCUCCCAUCUCCCCCAUGGCCCUGACAAUGCUGAAUGAGCUCUUCAUUGAGGACCCACGCCCACCUAUGCUGCUGUACCAGGUUAGCAAGACUGCCAAGUUAGACACCCUCAACUAUCAGAGCUACUUCAUGCAGGACAUCUUUGCCCAUUUCCCUGAUAUCUUAUUUAUCCACCGGACCUAUAACCCAGUGGGCAAGGUGUUAUAUGCCUUCCUGGUGGAUGGCCCUCAGGUGCAGCUGGAGGGUCAUUUUGCCCGGAUAGUUUACUUUGCCAUUCCUGCCACGGAGGAUGCUGAAGGCCUGACCCAGAUGUUCCAGACAUUCAAGAAGUUUAACCCAGCCUGGGAGAAAGUCUGUACUAUCCUGGUCGAUCCCUUCCUCCUCCCUAUGCCCACCCUAGCUAUGGAGUUCCCCGCAGCUGAGGUCCUGCCCUCAGCCUUCCACAUCUGUAAGUUCUUCCAGGGCAAGUUCUACCAGCUUUCCCUCGAACAGCCUGUGAAGCAGGUGCUCCUGACCGCCCUGCAGAGCACAAUGUGCUCGGCCACUGCUGGCAAUCUGAGGAAGUUCUGUGCACUCCUGAGCAACUUCGUCCCCCCAGAGCAGCUGACCAAGCUACACUUAUGCUGGCUGCUCAAUGACCGCAUCUGGCUGGCCCACCGUUGGAGAAGCCAAGCCGAGAGCAGCCACUACUUCCAGGGCCUGGAGGUCACCAUCCGCAUCCUCAGCCAGUUCUUUGGCACCACCCCAUCUGUGGAACAAGGCAUAACCUCCUUGCUCCGGUUCGUGCAGCAGAACUCUGGAGACAAGGCCAUCUUCAGCCUGGGCCUGAGUCCCCGGAGCAGUUGUGCCCCCUCGGACGUCAGCCCCCAAAGCCCCAAAGUGGAACAGUUGGCAGAAGCCUGCAUCCAGCACUCCCUCCACACCAUCUGCACAGAGCCAGCAGCCCAGCUCUGCCUGGGUGAGCUUGCCGUGGUCCAGAAAUCUGUGCAACUCAUUGGCUCUGGCUCUGAAAAAGUGAACAUACAAAUCCUGGAAGACACCCAUCGCGUGCAGCCCCAGCCUCCUGCCAGCUGCAACUGCUCCUUUAACCAGGCCUUCCACCUGCCCUGCCGCCACAUCCUGGCCAUGCUCAGUGCCCGGCUCCAGGUGCUCCAGCCCAAUAUGCUGCCACCUCAGUGGACAGCAGACUCUGCUGCUAGUCUGGAUGACAUCCUGGGCAGCAAGUGGAGUGAGACCCUGGAUAAGCACUUGGCUGUGGCUCUCCUCACUGAGCAGGUGGGCCAGCUCUUACAACACUGCACCCAGGAGGUGUUUGAACAGCGGUACAGCACCCUGCGGAAACUGGCCGACAUCUGGAUCGGCCCUUAUGAGCAGGUCCAGCUGUGACUGCCUGUGCUGAGAUGCUCACACACAGGCACACACACCCUCCCUGCACACACACUCACACUGUUGUACAAUACUUCCCUGAACCCUCCCUCCAGGACAAAACAGGUCUUCGAUUGCCUCCUGCUACCUACAAUAUGUCUAGUUUUCUAAGACGGGAGUCAGCAAACCUUUUCUGCAAAGGGCCCGACAGUAACUAUUUUAGGCUUUGCUGGCCAUAUACAGUCUAUUGUACUUGGUUUUGGUUUUGUUUGUUUGUUUGUUUACACCCUCUUGAAAAGAUAAAAACUAUUCUUAGCUCAAGGGCCUCACAAAAACAGGUGGGCCCUGCUCUGAGAUAAGAGGAAACUAGGACAAGUUUUCCCCAGUCCCGAGAUAACUCCGGACUCCCAGAGGAAGAGGCUCCUCAGAGGAGCUGGUGCAGCCAGGUUCCCAGUCUUUUUACUCCCCCUGUCCCAUCCUGAGGUCAUUAAAGUUGAAUGUUGCCUACUUUA